CCGCAACGUUUCGCUCUUGAGGUCUAAAGCUCUUGGGUGGAUGUAAUAAAUCGUCCGCCAUGACACUUUCCAAGGCGGAGCAACAUUCUCCAAAGGUGCUGAACAUCCUGUCGCUGGGAGAGAAUGAUCACGUUAAGGACAAGGAACAGACAUCAUCGCCCCACCUUUCUCGCAGCGUCGACCGGGCAGCCACUGCUCGUAGCAAAACAUCAUCUCUGGUUGACAGCACAUUUAUCUCAAACAGUGCUGCAAUUGCGACCAUUAAGACAAAGGCAGUAGCAAGGGACAAAGAUGCUUUGCUGUAUCUGCGGCGCUUCACAACGAGUCCCUCAGCCCCACUUUCGGCUACCGCAAAAGUUGGUGGAAGACGAGCCCAAACAGCAAAGGAUCUGAGAAAAGGCAGACCUAUCACUGCGGGCUCGCGACGUUGGUCCCUUGGGAAUGAGAAGGCGGAAGGCCGUGGCGUCCAGAAAAAUCACGCAACAGCUGGCAAUCCAGUGCCGAUUGCAUAUCCAGCAUCCAGUAGUGUAGGCAAUGCAACUUUUGUUAGGCUGGACGGAUCAGAGGUGCAAGGCGGUAUGCUGCCAAGACCGCCAGAACUGCUUUCACAUACACCAGCACAUUCCCUAUCCCAUCCGAUAGGUGCUUAUACCGCCGGUUUUUACGCGAGACAGCAUUACGCACAAAGCAAAAACUCAAACCGUCCCUCUGCGGCAUUGCUGCAUGAGCGGUCCCCUGCCACUGGAUCUCGACAUACGCGGGCACACACCGCUGAUGGAUCCAUCCUCCUUCGCGAAAGUGAUAUAACCUUUGGAGACAGAAGGCGAAGCGGACACCCAAGAGCGCAAAACAUUGAGCCUCAGCAAUUAGUAGCAGACGAAGAAUAUGCAGGUCGUGUAAGGAAGACGUUUACCAGCUCGGACAUGUCGGCCUUAGAAUCGUACCUAUCGACUCUUACGGACACCGAUUGUGCUCAGGAGCAAAUUGUUGAAGCUUUGAACUGCUUGAUUGCAUUAGCAGAGGAGAACCGUAGGUUCUGUUUGUUACACAAUAGGCGAUUGCAACGGACGUCCUCUAUGACAAGGGAGCAAUUCAAAUAUUGCUAGCAUUGAUGAGAAAAUUUUCUCCUGAUAUAGUUGAGGUGCAAGUAAAGGCCUCUGCUCUGCUGCAGAUGGUAACUGAGAGAAAUGCCCUUGCAAAGACAAGUAUCUAUGAACAGGAUGGAAUAGCUACAAUUUUGGAGGCAGUGGCCGGAAUGGGGAAGAUCCUCGCUGAUAGUAGGCGCUCCAUACUUGCGGAUCGAUCCAUGAGUAGAUACAAACCCAGAAGGCUUCCAACACCGGGUCGCUCCUCUACGCCAGUGACAGGCGCGAGUGGGAGGUCACCAGAUGACUCUUCGACAAACUCUCUCGUAUCCUUGCCUUUAAAUGAUGAUACAGGGAAGCCAACUGUCAUUGCUAUUCCGUCUGCUCCCGUUACCGGAUUCGAAGACAGAUCGACACCUCCACAAACUGCCGACGGUGACGAAAGAUCUCUAAUUGCAGGGCUUUUAAAUAAAUAUUUCCAGCCUCAGUUCCUCGACCAUGUGGAAAAGACGGACAAAACCACCCGUUCGCAGAUAAUCAAACAUUUACUUGUUCUUUUUGAGAAAGUGGACAAACUGCUUUCAGUUAGUAGCUCUAUAUCACUAGACGUGGAUUUGCAGAGCGCAAUGAGGCAGAUUAUCAAGGACGGGGCACCCAUGCUCCAAGCGGAAAUGAUACUGCUUUUCUUGGUGGACCGAAACGGGGAGAUUGUUCCGAAGGAUUUUGACACAAAUUUAGACGUAUAUGACUUCCCUGAUGUCAGGCACCCACCCGGCUCCGGAAUUGCGGGAUGGGUCGCCCAAAGCGAGCAAAUUGCAAACAUCCGGGAUGCAAUGCAUAACGAACGCUUUGACGCAGAAGUAGAUAUACGCGGGACGCACAUUUUAGCACAUUCAAUUCUCUCGGUUCCCAUUCGCACGCGUGACAACAUACUCAAAGGUGUCCUACAAGCUGUAAAUAAAGUCAGCACUAAUGGCAAUCCGAUGUACUUCAAUCAUGAGGAUGAAUUUCUCAUCAAGGCACUUGCGCAAACCGCGGGUGUCAUAAUCAAAAACGGGCAGAUCUACGAAACAAUGAUGAAAACACAAAAGAAGGUCGAAGUUUUGUUGGAAACAACCCGAUCUUUGGGAUCCACAUUAGAACUCGACCAUUUGAUCAAAAUGAUCAUGGAUUCCGCAAAAGAACUACUAUCUGCCGACCGAUGUACAUUGUUUCUCCGGGAUUCAGAAGGCAAAUACCUGCGCGCUCACAUUCAGGGUCGUGAUUCUGUCCAGGAAAUCCGAAUUGCUCUGAACGCGGGAAUUGCUGGCUAUGCAUACACUUCUGGAGAUUCCGUAAACAUCCCUGAUGCAUAUAAAGAUCCGCGGUUCAACCCGGAAGUGGACAAGCAGACUGGAUAUGUUACAAAGAACAUCUUGUGCAUGCCCAUAAAAAAUAUCAGUGGUGAAAAUAUUGGGGUGACGCAAAUGAUCAACAAGCACGGUGGUCCAUUUUCCGCCGAUGAUGAGAGGAUUCUGAGCUCCUUUUCAGCUCAAGCCGCCGUUGCAAUUGAAAAAUCCCAGCUGUUCAAAAAGACAGAAGAUAUGCGUGCGUACCUGCAGAGCAUCUUGAGCAGUAUCACGAGUUGCGUUAUAACUCUCUCGGAAAAUAUGAGAAUGAAUACCAUGAACCGCCCAUGGUUUCUAAACGCCCUUGGCGUUACGGAAGAGUUUGUAACAGGCGCCCCCGUGGCUAAAUGGAUCGGAGAGAAGGAAAACUACCAUCUUUUGAACGAUAUCCUCUCCGUUUACCAGCAAGGGACACCAGUGUACUCCGCCGAAUACGAACUAAGAGGACCAAAAGGUUCCACCUUCAUUAAUUACCAAAUAAUGCCUUUGCUCGGUGAGCAGAAAGGAGUGGUCAUGGUGCUAGAUGAUAUCUCGGCCGAAAAGCGAGCGGUUAUGACGCUUGGAAGAUAUAUGUCGCCCGCCCUUGCCAAGCAGGUCAUGGAGGAGGAUGGCUCACAGUUAGGGGGGAAACGAAAGAAAGUUACCAUCCUCUUCAGCGACAUCAGAUCGUUUACCUCAAUAGCAGAAUCGAUGGAGCCACACGAAGUAGUGGAGUUGUUAAAUCACCACUUCAGCGAUGCCGUCAAUGCGAUUAUGUCAGAGCAAGGGAUCCUGGACAAGUACAUCGGGGAUGCCGUUAUGGCAGUAUUUGGAGUCCCAUUUGUCUCUGCCGAGGACGGAAUACACGCCUGCAAUGCCGCCUUGCGGAUGCGGGAUUGUCUUCUGAUUCUGAAUGAAGGGCGGAUUGCGACCGGGAAGCGACCAAUAAAAAUUGGAAUAGGCAUUAAUACUGGCAUGGUCCUAUCGGGAAACAUAGGAUCUAUCAAGCGAAUGGAAUUCAGUUGUAUAGGAGAUGCUGUGAAUUUGGCGUCACGCACUGAAGGACUGACAAAAGCUUACAAUGUAACGAUCCUUGUUACGGAGAAUACCUUGAAGGAGACGGGAGACGCAUUCCUCACCCGCCACAUAGAUACUGUCAUUGUGACGGGUAAAAGUACGAAAGUGGACAUCUUCGAGCUGCUCGGACGAAAAGACGACAUCCUGGCGGAUGAGGUCGUACGUGCGCAAGAACUGUAUGCAACAGCAUUAUCACUUUAUCGACAGCGGAAUUUUGCGGAAGCAGCGGACCUAUUUGCAAAGGCAAUCGAAAUUGCAGACGAUGGCCCAUCCAAAACGCUGCUUGCAAGAUGCAAAAUGUACAUAGAACACCCUCCAAGUGAAGACUGGAUUGGUGUGCAUGCAGCGGAAGGGAAAUAAAAUGGAAAGGCAGUUUACGCCACUUUCAAAACCGCCA